CUCCUAUGCCGGUGCUGUAGAGCAGGGUCUAUUCUCUAACACUUGCCGUUACUAGACGAAUGAACGCUGUUCUUUAUAGCCGUUUGUUUCAUUUCAAUAUAAUUUCAGUAUAAUUUGAAUUAUAAUUAUAAUUCAGUAUAAUUCAAAUAAUUUCUGCACGGAAUAAGAGAGAUUAUGUCCAGACAGCUCACAAUGAAUCCAGCUUUCCUACCUCCGCAAACUAACGGCGUUUUGAAGGCGCUCCUGGAAAAACCUCUAAAACUACCUUUACACCAAGAUGAAGGGAAGGAGAGAGGGAAGGUGAAAAAGCUGGAGGAAGAAGGAAAUGCUCCUCAGUCAGCUUUCUUAGGGCCAACGCUCUGGGAUAAAACAUUGUCUUAUGAUGGAGACUUUCUGAUGGAGUAUAUGGACCUUGAGGAGUUUCUCUCUGAAAAUGGCAUCCCCUCCAGUCCUGCACAACAUGACCAAAGCCUCCAUCACCAGCAGCAGCAGCAGGCUUCAAUGCCUCAGGGCCCCAUCUCAGUCAUGGACCUCAGCAGCCGGGCCGUGACCUCCAUCAGUACGGGGAUGGUUCCUCAGAACUGCCUCCACAGCCCGGGCAGACCAGUUUUGCCUCCAUCACGUAACACACCAAGUCCAGUAGACCCAGAGGCCAUUCAGAUACCAGUGAGCUACGAGCCCGAUCCAGCAGACCUCGCUCUGUCCAGCGUGCCGGGCCAGGAGGUUUUCGACCCACGUAAACACAAGUUCUCUGAAGAGGAGCUGAAACCUCAGCCUAUGAUCAAGAAAGCACGCAAAAUCUACAUUCCUGAUGAUAUGAAGAAUGAAAAAUACUGGGCACGGCGCAGAAAGAACAACAUGGCCGCAAAGAGGUCACGGGACGCUCGACGCCUAAAGGAGAAUCAGAUUGCCAUCCGGGCUGGUUUCCUGGAGAAAGAGAAUGCGGCUCUCCGACUGGAAGUUGCCGACCUACGGAGAGAGCUGGGCCGGUGUAAAAAUGUUUUAACAGAGUAUGAAGCUCAACACGACCCUCUGUGAGACCACCCGGGUGCUCCUCAAGUUCCCCCACCAGUACCCUUCUAAUUCGAAGGACAAUAUUCUUGGGUUAAAGUCCACUGGGCCUGUUUUCCAGCCAGCCCUCACCUCAGUCUGUUCUUGACACCUUAUGAGGCAGAAACAUUACAUUGUGUGGUUACUUUAGAGAUCUACCCACUGUCUUUCUCUAUUUGUUAUCGCAAACAAAGCCAUCGUUGUUUGCCGAUCAUGUUUCUUAUUAUUUUACUGUGUUGUAGCAUUUGUCCACAAAUGUAUGCCUUGAUUUGUUGUAAUUUAGCAGUUAAAUCUGAGCUAGUGGAUCUUCUGCUGUUCCACUACAGACACCCAUUGCGUUGUGUAUGAGAGAGGUGCAUGUGCAUAGCUGCUUGGGGCACAUACAUGUUUUGUGUCUCCGUAAAGACAAUAUUCUCACAGACAGAAUAGAAUGUAGCAGGAUUUGAGAGUUUGAAUUCGUAAAAUAAUUCUAUAUGACCAUAAUUAAUAAAUAUCUGUAUAUCCUUGGAGACAAUCAAGUUGUUUAUAUUCCAAAGCGUAAUGAAAUAAAGAUGUCAGCUACUAGAAAUCUGUGCCACAUAGAGCAUGAUUGAAAUUGGCUGUUUCUUUAUUAUGAACCAGUAGUUUUUUGUCUGUAAAUGACUUUCAUUUCAGUGAAUAUGAAAGAUAUACUGUAUGUCUAUGCUGAUUUGAGAGUUCAGUUAAAAAGUCCACACCCAAUCCCUUUAAAUCCUGUGAAGCUAAUUUAGUUUAGGUAGAACUGAUUCCAUCAGAUUCAGCACAGAGCGUCAUUUAUUCUGCAUUAGCAUGCUUUUGAGUUCAAACUGUGAUCAAGGAAAGCAUUUUGAACAAGGUCUCAGUGCCCUUAUUGUUGACACAAAGAGUGCUAUUUAGAGUAUAUCGAUACAGAUAUGUUGCCUUUUGUUGGUCAGUUGUGAAAUGAAUGUAGUGAAGUGUAUUUUAUGUCUAUCAUUCUUUACUACAGACCAAAUAAUAUGAAAUACAAUAAGGUUAUAUUGUCAUAUUACAAUUAAAUGUUUUUACAAAGAUAUUUUUGCUUUUGUACAGUAUUUUCAUAUGAAUUUCUGAAUAUAUAUCUAUGUAAUUUGAUGUAUACUGUAUAUUUAUAGGCUUCAAACUCUAUGGAAUAAAGGUCUGAAUUCUACAGGUAACUGUACAGUAUAUGGGCAUUAAUAUAAUUAGAGUUAAUUAAUACAUUUAGUAACAUGAACUUUACAUGCGAUCGUAGUUUCUUUACCUUUUCUUACACAGGCACUUUAGUAUUAUGUGCAUCAGUAUCACAACUUUUUUUUUUUCAUGUUUCUUUUGUUUUUAAAUUAUAUUGUCAAUAUUUUUAAUGUAUUGGUUGUGAUGUACGAUCAUGAAAUAUGGUAUUAUUUGCCAAACUUGGUAAAAGAACACUAUCCUUGGCCACAUAGAAUGUUGUCAAUCAUUGUAUAUUUCAACAAACAAGAUGUCUUUUAUAUUAAAUAUAUUAAAAUACAGCAUGUUUAAAUUUUAACAUUCUUUCUUCAGAUGAUUAUUUGACUUAAAUAUUUGCAAUAUGUUGUCUGUUGUGGUCCUUUUUGGUUCCCUUUUCCGGUUUCACUGCUCUUAAUGAAAAUAAAAAGCUUUUGAAAAGCAGA